GGACCAGAACUCGGUCGUGUUGUACUCCAGUGUAAACUUGGACGGAGUCCACCGCAGUAAACGACAAAAGGUCUACAGCAGCCCAAUCAGCAAUUCCCUGAAACGACCCUUCCCUUCCGUUCCCUUCCGGUUGUAGGACAACAACUCAUCCAUUUUUCAAAUUUCCUCACGGGCACACGCAAUCCAGAGACUCUCUCUCUCUCUCUCUCUAAACAUCGACCUUGAACUGGUCGGCAUCUGCUUCGAAACGAUCUUCCCGCGAUCGAUUAGGCAUAGGCUACAAUGCCGAAUUGGGAGCUCCAAGGCUGUUGCGACCGCGACCAGAAGGCGUUCCUCGUCACCAUCGGUAUCUACACUGUCGUCAUUCUCGUCCUAUGGAGGACCUUUUUACUGACGCCUUUCAAGCUCAUUACAGUAUUUCUACAUGAAGCCAGUCAUGCAAUUGCAUGUAUGCUCACGUGUGGCAAGGUGGAGGGCAUGGAGGUUCAUGCAAACGAGGGUGGGGUGACACAAACACGUGGUGGUGCAUAUUGGGUAAUCUUGCCUGCUGGAUAUCUUGGUUCAUCAUUUUGGGGGAUGAUUUUCAUACUUGCAUCCACAAAUCUUCUCACCACAAGAAUCGCUGCCGGUUGUUUUGCCGUUGCUCUGCUCAUUGUGUUCUUUGUUGCUAAAAAUUGGACCCUUCGAGGACUUUGCAUUGGUUUUAUUGUCCUCCUCGCUGUAGUUUGGGUUCUCCAAGAAUACACAAAAGUUCGCAUCCUUCGAUAUGUCAUUCUCUUCAUUGGUGUAAUGAACAGUUUGUUUUCAGUUUAUGAUAUCUACGAUGAUCUAAUAUCUCGGAGAGUUCAUUCCAGUGAUGCUGAGAAAUUCGCGGAACUUUGCCCCUGUCCUUGUAAUGGUGCUGCAUGGGGUGUUAUAUGGGGAUUCAUCUCUUUCGCAUUUCUUGGUGCAGCUAUUUAUCUUGGACUUGUCAUAUUGUCUUGAGGUUCUCGGACUUAGAUGGAAUUCUUCUUGAUAUUGUGGAGACUGGAGAGCACUCCUUUAUUCCAAUUAUUUCCUCCAUUGCAUUGCGUGUAUCAUUCUCAUCAUACAGCUUUAGGUUUCUAAUUCAUCUGAGAUUGCAAGUGUCCAUUUGCUGCGAAACACAAUGACAAAAAACUUGUAAUCAUCCUUUUAUCCCUUUCUCGGGUUUCACAUAUAUGACUUAUGAGUAUAUUGUAAAUUAGAACUUCGUUGAUUUAUUCCACUUUUUUAGAUAUGAAAAUUUAGUUGAAGAUUUCAACGGAA